CAACAAUAAUUCUGGAAACUGCACUAACCAUCCUGGUAGUUACACAUGUGAAUGCCUAGAGGGAUACUAUUACGAGCAGACAGACAACCAUACCACCUUAUGUCAUGAUAUUGAUGAAUGCACUAACAACACAUUUUCCUUUACCAAUGCAAAAUGUGCAAAUACAAAUGGAAGCUUUGAAGUAACGUGUUCGGAAGGAUAUGGUCCAAACGCAACAUGCACUGGUCCUCACUUUCAGUGUGAAGACAUUAAUGAAUGCAAAACAAUAGAACAUGUGUGCGGCGGAACUGAAAUGGGGAACUGUACUAAUACCAAUGGCAGUUACACAUGUCAAUGUGCACAUGGGUAUAAGAAUAAUGUCACGUCCAACAAAAAAUCACCUUGCAUAGAUAUCGAUGAAUGUCACACAGCCGGGUAUAUAUGUGGAGACAAGGACUCUGGAGAUUGUCGAAAUUAUAAUGGGAGCUACCACUGUUACUGCCAACCUGGGUAUUAUGCUAAAACGUUCGGGAAAAACGUCACAUUUUGCCAAGACUUUAAUGAAUGCGAAAACGAUACCUACACGUGUGAUGGAGAAUGUAAAAACUCCCCAGGAGGAUGGGACUGUAAUUGCAACCACGGCUAUACUAGAAACACCAGCCAUGAUGUUUUUCAUAAGUUUUGCAGUGAUAUUGACGAAUGCCACAACAAUACAUAUACAUGCAUAGACAGCACUAGCUGUAUCAAUACAGAAGGAGGAUGGCAGUGUCUCUGUGAAGGAAAACGUGUCAGUAAAAGGAGAAAUGACACCGCGUCUGAAUGCCUACCGGAUUUCCAAUACAUAGCUACAGUUGUUGUCAAAAUAUAUCCAGACACCGAAACUAAAAUAUCUGAACUGGAACUUUUUAUUUCAAAUGGAAUUCGUCAAAUAUUCAUGCAGUCAGAUGAUCUUAACUCGCAAAUAGUCUUGCCAGUUGAAAUAACCAAUAAUUCAAAGAGAGAGUUGACUGACAGAAUGCCGACUGAAAACUUUCAAUCAGCAGUGACAUUCAUUUUACAUUUAACGAAACAAUUGACCAAAGCAACGUUUAAGAAAAUUUUGGCUUCUAUUUGGAAGUCAAAAAACACCUGCUUUCCUGUUACAACAAACGUCACAUCAACUGUUAUAAGGAUGUGUGGGGAGUUGGACGAGAAUGCAGAGACAGGAGAUUUAUGCUCGCUUCCAACUGUGAACUAUUGCAAUGCGACCCGCUCUGUUUGUGCUGAUUUCAAUGGACAGAUUCAGUGCAAUUGCCGCCCUGGGUAUCACAGGGAGACAUCGAAAAAUAAGACGUGUGUGCCUAAGGCGGAUAAAAGGGAGGAGGUAGCGCUUGUGUGUACUGUCAGUUUUAGCAUGGACACUCACGGCACGAAUUACUCGACGAUAAAAUUCCAAGUUAAAACACAGAUAAAAUUGGUUUACGAAAAGAUGUUCCCUAAUGUCAGUUUUUGGAUAGAAGUCAUCAACAUUUCCAAUCCAUCUAGUCAUAGGCGUAAACGAAGCGAAACAAAACAAACUGUCGAAUUUAUAGCUCACUUCGAACAGACAGACACCGUGAUGAAAGUUCCUGAAAUAAAUGAGAAGAUGUGGGAAAAGUUUGUUAAGGAAACACAGUCGGAAACGAAUAGCAUUCUAAUAAAGCUUGGCACAAUUAAUGUAAAACCUGCAGAACAGACUGAUUUGUGCAAACUCAGCAAGAUGUAUGAAAAUAAAACAACGACAUGCACUUCAACUCUAUCUAAAAUCACGUUUACGUGCAAGGAAGGAUACGUCAACAGCCCCAGUAAUAGAGAAAUGUUCCGGUGCUCUUGGGCAGAUAAAACUCGGCCUCAGCCUACACUGCCUACGAAAACAGAACAGCCGGAUGUGGCUACAAAGUAUAUCGAGCCGGACCCAAAAAGUCAGACUGCCCUCAUUGCAACAGGUACGGGACUUGGUGGGCUCGUCUUUAUCCUUUUUGUUGUCGUUGUUGUUGUAUGUAGGCGGCAAAGGAAACAUAAAGAAAAGGAAGCGGCACAAAUUAAACUGAAAGAACGUGAAAACAAGAGACCAACGGGCUUUGAUGGCUCUUUCCUCGAGCGGAAUUACAUUGGCAGACAUUCGGGUUCUGAACAUAGAAAUGGCGGACCUUACCCUAGCGGCCCAUUUAAGCCUAUUUCAAAUGGCCGAGGUAGUCUAUUUCAGCCAAUAGAUAUUACAACUGCAUUCCCUAAUGGUGGAUAUGUAGGCAGUGACCGUAGAUUGUCUGAACCAUUGUAUUCAAGGACAAACAAACCAUUGGUUGACGUUUACCUACCAUCUGAUAAUUCACAUAGAAAACCUUUCACCCAAGACAUGGUUCGGGUGAUUCCGGAAACUUACAGUCUCCGUUUACCGAGGCUACGAUGUACUUCAACAGGUGUCGACAUCGGUCGAGUGUUUCCAGUCCGCGAACCCAAACCAGAUUACGAUGCGCCAGCCUCACCGCCGCCGGAUUAUCAUCGUCGCAGUAGAUCACAUGAUAGGCUAAAUAUGUCACCUGGCAGCGGUUUGAACGGUUUCAACAGCAGCGGAAGUAUGGAGCGUGUGCGGUCACGUGACAGUCAUGGAUACGGAAGCCUGGAGAGAGAUCGCGUACCCAGGCGGAGCACCAAGUUUUAA